AUGGAGGAGGCAUCCGGUGGCCAGUCGCAGGCCCACCCCGGCGCCGGCGCUGCCUCCUCCGUGGGGGCAUCAUCUGCUUCCGCUGCCGCCUCUUCAGCCGCCCCCGUACCUGCUUCGACUCCAGCAGCGCCUUCCGCUGCGACCCCAGCCUCUACUUCCGGUCCCGGCCAGCUAUCCAAGAGGAGAAGAGGACUGGGUGUUGUAACACCCAACGCCUGUACCGAGUGUCGGAAAAAGCGUGCCAAGUGCGACGGCCAAAAGCCAUGCGGCCGCUGUAAGGCUCAGAAAGACGUAGAGUGUGUGUACGAAAUCCCGGUUCGCCAAUCCAAGGAGCAUCUCCGGACCGAGAUCGAGCAACUGCGCCAACGUCAGCGCUCCAGUGACCAGGUCAUCGCAGCGCUGGUGCGGUCCGACAUGUGGGAAGAUGUGCUCCAGCGCCUGCGCAACGGUCAGAGCCUUGAGUCAGUAUCGGAAUGGCUUGGCGGCACCCUCCCAUCUGGCGGCGGUCCUCGGCCGUCCUUCAGCCGUCCGGCUGAGCCAUCCAGUGAAGCGAGCGGCAGCUUGAAUACACGCUCUGGAUACCCAGGAUCAGGCCCUGCCCCAAUCAGGACAAGAAACCUUGGGGGAACUGGAUCGGUGACCAUGAGUCCCAAUACAGGACAGUCGGGAUUGCGCCAGGAUCUGGACCCCAACAGUCCUUGGCACCUCUCGUCUCAUAGUCAAAGCACUAGGAGUAACUCUCAUCCUGACUUGAUGAACUGGAGUGCAGACACAAAUAGGCUCCCUCAAGGGCCCAUUGAUUCAUGGCCGGAAAGUGCUAGUAACACGGAGGCGUCUGAAGGCGGGAGGUAUCAAGGGCUUGAUCAGGUUCUCGCACCACUUGAGUUGCCUGACAUGAAGCUGCCCCCUGAGAACUGGACGAAUAUUACCGAGGACGGCUCUCUGGUUCAACACCUACUUGCCCUGUACUUCUGCUGGGAAUAUCCAACAUUCGCGUCGUUGAGCAAAGAGCACUUCCUUAGAGAUUUCCAAAACGGUAUAUCCCGAUACUGUUCGCCCAUCUUGGUCAAUGCCCUCUUGGCCUUGGGAUGCCGCUUCUCCAGCAAGUCCAGUACGCGAGCUAACCCUAGCGACCCUUACACUUCGGGCGAUCACUUUUUCAAAGAGGCGCAGCGACUCUUCUACCUCGAGGACGACCACCAUACUUUGACGACCAUCCAGGCUUUGGGGAUAAUGUCCAUACGCGAGGCUAGCUGUGGACGGGAUUCGGAAAGUUGGUACUACGCCGGUCAAAGUAUCCGUUUGGCCAUUGAGAUGGGGCUCCAUCAGCUGCAGGACGACGGAGACCAUGAUGAGUUUGCGGUUCAGGCUGCCACUUUCUGGGGCGCUUUCGCUCUAGACCACGCUUGGUCUCUGGCGACUGGCUCGCUUCCCCAAUGUUCAUGUUUCCCUCACCUGCCGCCGAAGCCCGCCAUAAUCGAUGAUAUUGAAGCGUCAUUGUGGAUUCCUUAUACCGAUGAUGGGGCGCCGCUGCAACGCUCAGCCGAGCAACCUUCCAAUGUUCGGUCCGUUUACAAGUGUUUUUGCGAACUGAGUGAGCUUGUACAUCAGAGCCUCUACAUACUCCACUCUCCAGGCAGGCCGUUGACCAGCCGUGACCUCCUCGGCAUCUACACCCAGUACCUAAAUUGGUAUGACAGGAUACCUGAAGUCCUCAGAUUGGGUCAUAAUUUCACCCCCGCUGUGCUCUUUGCGCACAUGUAUUACCAUUUUGCGAUCCUUCUCCUCUUCCGGCCGCUGAUUAAACUUCGAAUCAUUGGCUCCAAGCUACUGCCAAGAGACGUGUGCUGUCAGGCCGCAGAUGCGAUUCAGGGUCUGCUACGCUCCUACUCGCAAUUGUACACCUUGCGUCGGACACCCUCAUUUGUGCCCUACUUCGUUCUGACAUCUGCUAUUAUGCAUUUGGCCAUCGGAGCAAUAGCCCCAGCCCCGCAGAGAGACUCUGAUGAAUCAGGCGAGACAGCGCCCAAAUCAUCUGCUGGAACAUCACAUCCUCCCCGUGGCGUAGAAGCAAUCAAACAAGGCAUCCGAGAUCUGGAGGAGAUGGCGCCGUGCCAUCAUUUCGCGGAACAAGCGCUCAAUAUCCUGCGGUACCUCGCCAAGAAAUGGGGUUUGGAGGUCGACAUGGGCUCAACACCCACUUCGGAUGCCGAGUAUGCACAGCUUGCCAGGCCGUACACUAGCAGUCUGAAUUUCUUCGCGCCAAAUGUCCUCGAAGACGACUUCAUCUGCGUGUGGGGAGGCGGCCUUGGCAGCGGUGAGGCGAUGGAAUCGAAGGCAGCAGCGGGAACGGGAAGUCAGGAGAGCCCGUCAGUAUCGCGAGCGGCUCAAAUCAUGGAGAAUCCUCUAUUUUGGCCAUUCCCCAUGCAAGGCCGCCCAAUGCUUCCAACCGGGCGUGAGUUGAAGGAAGCCGGAUUUGAGAGGCUUUCAUAG